CCACGAUAUUGCAAAAACAGCGUGGCCCGGAGUUUCUUAUAGAAAACACUUCGACGUCAUCACCGAUCUGUGUUAUAGGAUCCGACCCUUGCAAUUCGUUUAUCAACCUUAUCUAUCAUCGCAGACGGCAGAAACAUUUCACAUUGCGGCCCCCGAUUCCCGAAGGUUAUCCAGAGGUCGUCAGUAGACAUGCAACCAUCACCAUCCAUCAUUGUCGGGAUCAAACUUGGAAGCCUCUCAGGUAUUUAAAUACCGUCUUCAGCAAAUAGAAUCAAUACCCACGCAGUGCUAUGUCUCUCCCUUCAUCUGACCAGGAGAAACAUCAGCUAUCUAUCACAGAAAAGACUGAUCUUCACCAUGAGCAACAAUUCGGCUUGGAUCCAGUAGAUAUCGCUGCUCAUGCACCGUCACUGCGUGGUCGUAAACUAACGGCUGCAGUGGCUUUUGUAGCAGGAACCGGGUUCACACUCUUUGGAUAUGACCAAGGUGUCAUGUCGUCACUGCUUACGGGUAAUCAGUUUGAGGCUUCCUUCCCUGAAGUAGUAGUGGAGGCCAGCCACCCCAAUCACGCCACUCUUCAGAGCUUCACAAUUGCCAUUUACGAAGUAGGCUGUCUCUUUGGUGCCCUAUCCAAUCUUUGGGUGGGAGAUAAGCUCGGUCGCCGAAGAACGAUUGCUGUAGGAGGCAGUAUAAUGAUAAUCGGGGCAAUUCUGCAAACUUCUGCAUUUUCUUUUGCACAAUUGAUUGCUGCGCGUAUCUUCACAGGCUACGGAAAUGGUCUGAUUACAUCGACGGUUCCAACAUAUCAUGCGGAGCUUUCCCCUUCCGCAAAGAGGGGUCGAAUGAUCAUGAUGGAGGGGACUCUGAUCGUAGUUGGAGUGACCGUUGCCUAUUUGGUUGAUUUAGCGCUAUUCUUUGUCAAUUGGUCGUCCGCUCAGUGGAGAGUUCCGAUAGCUCUGCAGUUGGUGUUUGAAAUCAUUAUGGUGGCAUGCAUCGGAUUCCUCCCCGAGUCACCGAGGUGGUUGGUGAAGCGUGGUCGCAAUGCAGAAGCGAUGGCCGUUAUAUCGGCGAUGGAAGACAAACCUCCAUCUGAUCCCGAAGUUCAGCGCACUUACUAUGGUAUUCGUGAAGCUGUUGCCGUUGAAACGUCUAGUCAAGGUUCACUACGACAACUCACUACCGGUGGUCGGAGCCAGAAUCUCAGGCGAACGCUCAUUGCUGUAGUAUUGAUGAUGAUGCAGCAGCUGACCGGCAUCAAUCUCGUUACCUUUUAUGCUACUAUUGUAUUCCAGCGUCUUGGUCUCUCCGACGUCAACGCACGGAUUACCUCUGCUGCCAACGGCGCAGAAUAUGUUAUUGCUUCCAUUGUUGCUUAUUAUGCGAUAGACUAUGUUGGCAGGCGCCAACUCAUGCUGUUUGGAGCCAUCGGCCAAUGCAUUGUGAUGCUUCUCUUGGCUAUCUUAGGUUAUAUCAACAACACACCAGCGCAGAUCGUGAGCGUGGUCUUAUUAUUCGGCUUUAACACGUUCUUUGCUUUUGGGUGGCUUGGAGCGGCCUGGUUAUACUGCGCCGAGGUUGCUGGGCUCAGAACUCGCGCAGCAACAAACGCGCUAAGCACGGCGUCAAACUGGACUUUCAACUUCGUUGUCGUGAUGGUCGUUGGCCCAGCUUUCAACAAUAUCUCCUGGAGAACAUACAUCGUCUUCGCAGCCUUUAACGCAGUCAUUGUUCCAGUUGUUUACUUUUUCUUCCCCGAGACUGGCGGUCGGUCUUUAGAAGACCUCGAUGUUGUGUUUGCGUUGGCGCACAAUACUGGUGAAGACCCUGUCAAGGUUUCGCUUCGGAAAGAUGUCCCGCUUGCUGGAUCACGCGAGGCGGACGAAAUUCUUGGUGUUAGCACAGGCGUUUAAUAUCACCCUGAGAAAAAGCCUCCGAUGCUAUUCUUCAACGGGCGAAGUCAGAACACCGGUGUAGAUGCGACGAUCGCUACAUUGAGGCCUAAUAGCGAGUUG